AUGCCGCCUCGAAACACCGCGUUGCGGCGCGACGGCCGCAGUCCCGAGACGGCGUCGCAGCAGGAGACUUCCACCACAGUCGCCAUCCGCCUCCGGCCCUUGAACGACAGGGAGAAAGAAGGGGGUCAGAACAAGAUAUGGCGAUGCGUGCCUACUCACAACUCCGUUACGCAGACGUCGCCUGAGGGCAACCCGCUUCCGGACGGCAAGGGGACUUUCUUCACGUACGACCGGAUCUUCGACGAGGACAGCUCGACGCAGGCCGUGUACGACGGGGCCGCGAGGGACAUCGUGCACUCCGUGUCCCGCGGCAUGAACGGCACCAUCUUCGCCUAUGGCCAGACGUCCUCGGGCAAGACCUUCACCAUGCAGGGAGGAGGCAGUGAGGCCAACCCGGGCAUCGUGCAGAUCGCCACGCGAGACCUGUUCCGCCUGAUCCAGGAGAAGACCGACCGCAUGUUCCUCAUGCGCGUGUCGUAUCUCGAGAUCUACCAAGAGGAGAUCAGGGAUCUACUCAACCCCGAGAACACCAACAUGCAGGUUCGCGAAGACCCGAGGAAGGGUAUUUACAUCGACGCCCACGAGGAGACGGUGGGAGACUUCGAGACGGUGCUCAAGAUCCUGAGGGUCGGUGAGAAGCAGCGCCACGUCGGGUGCACGGAGAUGAACAGCCGGUCUAGCCGCUCGCACACCAUCUUCCGCCUCGUCGUGGAGAGCCAGCAGAUGUUCGACGAGAAGGUGCACACCUCCCAAGAGGAAGUGGACCCGUCCACCCUCGUCGCUACCCUUAACCUGGUCGACCUCGCCGGGUCGGAGAGCGUGCGGCACACCGGCGCGACGGGGACCCGUCAGAAGGAGGGCGGGAUGAUCAACCAGAGCCUGCUGACGCUGAGCCGCGUGAUCCAGACGCUGACCCAGCCGGGGCACUCGCACGUGAACUACCGCGACAGCAAGCUGACGCGCAUCCUGCAGCCGAGCCUGUCCGGGAACGCCCGCAUGGCCAUCAUCUGCUGCGCGACGGCCGCCGAGGGCUUCCUCGAGGAGACCCGCAGCACGCUGCAGUUCGCCUCCCGCGCCAAGGAGAUCAAGACCCGGGCCAUCGUCAACGAGAUCGUGGACGACAAGACCCAGAUCCGCCGCAUGGCGCAGGAGCUGGCCACGCUGAAGCGGAAGCACGCCGAGCAGCAAGGCGGCGCCGCCGCGGGCGGCGAGCUGGUGGAAGCGCUGCAGCAGGAGAAGGCGGAACAGGCCGAAAAGAUCGACCGCCUCAAGAGGCUGCUUCUUAACAUCGCCCCGGCCGUGGCGGACGAGGACGGCGAGGCCCUUCUCCUGCACCUAGACGUCUCCCCGAGGUUCCGCCGCGGGAAACGCUCGCGCGAAACGUGGUGUCCCGGGGACACCGCCAGCAUCGUCACCGCCCCCCGCCCCCUGCGCCUGCAGAGCCCCAACCUGGCUGACUUGGACGGGGAGGAGGAGCACCGGCCGAAGCGUAGGUCCAGCGAGGCGGCGAUCGCGACCAAGCUGGAAGAGGCCCUGGCGGCGAAGAAGGAGACCGACGAGGAGAUGAAGGAAUUCGUGGCGUACACGGAGGACGUCGAACGCGUGCUGGCGUCCACGAAAGCCCUUCUCGCCCAGGAGGUCGAAGCUACGGAGAAGGCUGCCGGCGACGUCGCGGCCGCCACGGCCGCAGCCGAAGCUGCCGCUGCCCGCGAGCAGGAGUCGACCGCCGCGCUGGAGGAGCGCAUCGCCGCUCUGGAGGCCGACAAGGCCGACCUCGAGCAGCAGGAGGCGGUGCUGCGCGCGGAGAACGAGGAGGCGGUCGCUAUCAUGGCCGAGAACCAACCCCGCGAGCCCGUGUUAGCGGACGCCGACGUUCAGACCGAAGCUCCCGAUUCCGAAGACGAGGCCGCCGAAGGUGCUCCCGCCGCUGGCCGGAGCGUGGCGGAUGUCGAGGUCGCUGAGCGCGAGGUUGCUCUAGCGGGCCUGCAGCAGCGCGUGGAGGACCUGGAAGCGAGUCUUAUGGAGGCCAGAGGGGAGCAGCGGGAGCAAGAAGUCUGCAACCGGGAGGACAAGCAGAAGGCGGACGAGUCGCUGAUCGAGGCCCUGGCGGCGCAGCGGCGGGCGGAGGACGCGUUCAGCGCCGCCUGCCAAUCGGAGCUUGAGAUGCGGUGCCGGCUCGAGAACGCCGUGCAACAGGUGCAGGAGGCGGAAGAGGCCCGCGACGCGAUGUCCACCAAAGCCGAGGGAGAGGCUGCCUCCGUCGGCAAGGAGCGGGAGAAGGUCCGAGUCCUGGAAGACCGUGUGGCCGAGACCGAGACUCGCCUGGACGCGGCGGAGCAAGCCAAGACCGCGACCGAGGAAGAGGCGCGGCGCGAGGUCCUCGCCUCCAAGGAAAAGGAUGAGACCAUCGGGGAACUUAGCGCCCUCGUUGACAGCCUGAGCGCAGACGGGGACAGGAAGACGGUCGAAGACAAGGCCAAGGAAGAGGGCGACGCGGCGCGCGUCCAGCAGCAGCUGGAGCAGCUGCUAUCGGACAAGAACAAGGCGGAGGAAGAAGCUGCAGCGGCACGCGCCGAGAACGAGGCCCUGUGCGCCAAGAUCGACGAGUUGUCCGGGCAGGUGUCGUCCGUUGCUGCCGAAGCGGAGGCCCGCGAGGACCUGGCGGCGGCGAAGGAAGCAGCUGCGGCGGCGGCGGAGGCCAAAGUAACCGAGGACAUGGCGCGCGUUGUGGAGGAGGCCAUGGCCUCCGCCGAACAACUGGAACUCCUUCGGUCUGAGCUCGAAACUAAGGCCGAGGCGGCCGCGGAAUUCGCCCAGACGAUCGAGUCUCUCGAGUCCCAGCUUAGGGCCGUCCAAGACUCGGCAUCGGAGCGGGAGGCAGCGGACGCUGCUCGCAUCGCAGACGCAGAGAGCCAGGCGGAGGAAGCCGCCGGACGUCUGCUGGCGGCGAACGAAGCCACCGCUGCAGAAAAGGAAGGCACCGCGGAGUCGGCCGAGUUACUGGCCGAGGUGGAGAGCGAGCUCACGGCGGCUAACGAGCUGUUGGCGACGGUGCAGGAUGCCAUGGCUGAGAAGGAAGCUUCUGCCGCCGCACGCAUCGCCGAGUUGGAGGCCGAGCUUGCCUCGGCUGCCGGAUCCCUGGCCGCUGCCCAGGCCGCCGCCGGGGAGAGGGAGACUGCGGCGUCCGAGCGUAUCGCUGAAGUGGAGAGCGAGCUGUCUGCUGCCAACGAGCUGCUGGCCUCCGCGCCGUCCGCUGUCCGCGUGGAGCAGCUGGAGAACGAGCUCAAGGAGGCCACGGAGUCCUUCGGGGUUCAGUUGGCGGCGGCCCGGGAAGAGGAAGAGGAGGCCGUGUCGAAGCAGGUGGCGCUGGGUGUCGAGCGUGUCGCCGAGGUCGAGGCUCAGCUCAAGGCCGCCAAGGACAGGCUCGGAGAAGUACUGUCGACCGCCGAGGAAGCGGAGGCUCUGCGCGAGACGGUGGGGGCUGAGCGUGAGGAGACGGUCGCCGCGGCCGCUAAGCACGACGCCGAGAUGGGUGAGGCCCGGAGAGAGCUCGACAGGGUCAAGGCUCUGCUUGAGGCGAAGGCUGACGAGGUCGAGCAGCAGAAGGCCUCGGACGAGCUCCGCCAGGCGCGAGAGGCGGCCGCUGCCGCGGAAGCGGCCGUUGCGGAGAGGGAGGCCACGAUCGCCUCCAUGAAGGAAACCCUGGGGGCCGGGGAGGGAGAGCUCGCCCAAACCCUCGAGGAGUCCGAGAACCUUUCGAAGGAGGUUCUCGAACUCACCGAACAGCUCAUGGCCAAGGACGCCACCCUUGCCGAGCUGCGCGAACAGCUGGAGGCUCGCGAAUCUGAACUGGCUGAGUUGCGGGCAUCGCCCCCGGCCACCUCAAACGCCGCCAACGAUGGGUUCGACGGGGAAGCGACCGAGGCCAGCGCCGAGCUCCGCCGGCUGCGGGUGGACCUGGACAAGAAGGGCAGCGAGCUCGACACGACCAUGAAGGAGUGCGAGGCCGUGCGCGCGGAGCUCAAGGAGGUGAAGGGGAUGCUCGGCGCGGCGGCAAGCGCCGCCGGAGCCGCCGGUGCCGACGAGCAAUCCCUCCGCAAGCGCGUGUCCCAGCUCAUGUGCGAGAACGGGCUCCUCAGAGGGGAGAAGGACCGUCAGGAGGUCCUUGCCGCCGAGGCGAAGAACGAGGCCAAGGCCAACACGUCUCGCUCCGCGGCGGAGGUGGAGAGGUUGCAGCGGGAGGUGGACCGGUUGUCUGGGGUCGUCGCCGGCAAGGCCGAUGGAGUCGCGGCGGAGGGGGACCGAGCGAAGGCGGCGCUUUCGGCGAUGGAGGCCAAGCUGUCGGAGCUUCGCCAGGAGCGAGCGGAGCUCCAGGAGGCGACGCAGAGGUCGCUAGACCGUUGCUCGGAGGCCGAGGGCGAGGUCGAGACCCUGAGGAACCGUUUGGCCGAGGUGGAGGGUCGUGACGCUAGCCGUGGCGUGGUAGUGGCUCUCGAGACCAAGGUGGACGAGCUGGAGCAGGAAGUGCGCCGUACCGCCGCCUCUAAGGCUGAGGUGGAGGUGGAUGCCCGCGAGCAUGCCAACAGGGUUAAGCGUCUGCAGGGAGAGGUGGAGAUGAUACGGUCGGAGUACGAGGUUGUCUCGGAGGAGGUGGCCGACCUUCGCGUCGCAGAGGCGAAGCUCAAGGAAGCUCUCGCACUCCAGCAGGCGACGACGGCGGACGGUUCCGAGGACCGUUCCAACGAGCUGGAGACCGAGGUCGCCCGCCUGGGUGAGGAGCUGUCCGAGCUGAAGAAUGCCCACCUCGAAGCCCUCAGCGCGGAAGAAGAGAAGCGCGGUACGAUACAGGCGACGCACGGCGAGUCAGUCGCUGCCCUCGAGAGGACGGUGUCGGAGCUUCAGGAGGCGAACUAUUCCUCCGCCGCCGCUCUGGAGAAGAAGGUCUCCGAGUUGCAAGCGGAGCGCGAUGAAGUCGAGAAAACCGUCUCCGAGCUGCGGGCUAAGCACGGCGAGAUCGUCGCCACUCUGGAAGGGGAGGUUUCCGAGCUGCAGGCGGCGAAGGACUCCGCCGCCACUCUCGAAAAGACAGCAUCCGACCUGCGGGCUGAGCACGGCGAAAUUGUCGCCGCGCUCGAAGACAAGGUUUCGGAGCUGCAAGCGGCGAGCGACUCCUCCGCGGCUGCUCUCGGCCAAACCACCGCCGAGCUGCGAGCCGAGCACGACGCAACCGUCGCCGCCCUCGAGAAGACCGUGUCGGAGCUGCAGGAGGCGAAGGAUUCCACCGCCGCCGCUCUCGAGGAAGCAGUCUCGGAAAUGCAAGCAGAGCACAGCGAAACCGUCACCGCGCUCGAGGAGAAAAUUUCGGAGCUGCAGGCGGCGAGCGAGGCGUCCGCGGCCGCUCUCGGCCAAACGACCGCCGAACUGCGAGCCGAGCACGACGAAACCGUCGGCGCCCUCAAGCAAACCGUGUCGGAGCUGCAGGAGGCGGAAUCCACCGCCGCCGUCGCGCUAGAGAAGACAAUGUCCGGCCUGCGGGUGGAGCACGGCGAAACUGUGACCGCGCUCGAAGAGAAGGUUUCGGAACUGCAGGCGGCGAAAGACUCCUCCGUGAUCGCUCUCGGCCAAACGACCGCCGAGCUGCGAGCCGAGCACGACGAAACCGUCGCCGCCCUCGAGAAGGCAGUCUCGGAAAUGCAAGCGGAGCACGGCGAAACUGUGACCGCGCUCGAGGAGAAGGUUUCGGAACUGCAGGCGGCGAAAGACUCCUCCGUGAUCGCUCUCGGCCAAACGACCGCCGAGCUGCGAGCCGAGCACGACGAAACCGUCGCCGCCCUCGAGAAGACCGUGUCGGAGCUGCAACAGGCGAAAUCCACCGCCGCCGCAGCGCUGGAGAAGACAAUGUCCGACCUGCGGGCGGAGCACGGCGAAACCGUGACCGCGCUCGAAGAGAAGGUUUCGGAGCUGCAGGCGGCGAGCGGGGCGUCGGCAGUGGCUCUCGGCCAAACGACCGCCGAGCUGCGAGCCGAGCACGACGAAACCGUCGCCGCCCUCGAGAAGACCGUGUCGGAGCUGCAAGCGGCGAAAGAUUCCGCAGCAGCCACUUUCGAGAAGACAAUGGCAGAGCUGCAGACGGAACAUGACCAAGUCGUUACCGCGCUCGAGGAGAAGCUUUCGGAGUCCCUGGAGCUGGCUGAGCAGGUCGGGGCCGACCAGGACGUUACCCUCGCGGCGCUCCGGGCCCAGAUGGCUGCCUCCCACGCCGACGAGAUCGCGGAGGUCAGGGCGCAGCUGUCGGAAGCCGAGCGGGCCGUCGAGGCGACGGAGGCUGCCUCGAAAGAGCUGUCGAAGGAAUGCGAGGUGCGCUCGGCGGAGGUCGCCGAGGAGCUCGACGUUGCGCGUGGGCGCAAGGAGGACCUGGAGCGAGAGCUCACGGACAAUAUUGCGGCGGGCAAGGCUACGGAGGAGCAGCUCCGCCACCGCCUCACCUCCCAGGUAGCCGAGGCGGAGAACCUUCGCCAGGAGCUGAUGGACACCCGCGAGAGGUCCGACCGCGCGGAAGCCGCAGUGCGUGCGUCCGACCAGCGCGCUAGGGAGAGCGCCGACGAGAAGACUAAGGGGCUGCUGGCCGAGAUGGAAAACCUCUGCCAGGAGAAGCUGAUCGCCGAGAAUAAAGCUGGAGAGAUGGAGGCUGAGCUCGGCCGACUGCGAGAGGCGGUCGCCACCGCUGAGCAGACGGCGGCUAAGGACCAGGGCAUGCUCAUACGUGCGGCGGAGGAACGCAUGGCCGUCCUCGACCAGGCCGCCCAGGAAAAGGACAUCGCUAUCGCCAAGCUCCAGGCAUCCCUGGAUGCCGCUCACGCCUCGGCGGCAGCGGAGUCGGCUUCGAGCUCGGCGGCCGGUGUCGAGGAGGCGACGGCCGCCCUCAACGACAAGGUGGCCGCCCUCACGGCCGCCACGGGCGAGCAAAAGGAGACUAUCGCGAGGCAGGACGCCCGCAUCAAGAAGCUCGAGCAGGUGAGGCUGACGAACGGCCAGGUGGAGAAGCUCCAGGCGAUGAAGGCCUCGGCCAGGAGGACGGCCGCGGAGAACACGGAGCUCAAGCAGCGGCUCUCGGUCCUCAAGGAGCGCCUGGAGGCCGCCGAAGGCGGCGUCGCCGGCGCCGGCGCCGGCGAUGCGCCGUCGGGGGACGGGGAAGCCGCCACCGUCACCGCCGCCCUCGCGGCCGCCGCCGACCGCAACGCGGAGCUGCAGGCCGCCAAGGACACCCUUGUUGAGAAGCUCAAGGGGUACGGCAAGCGGGUCUACGAGCUCGAGAAGCAGCACACGCGGGUGCGCGCGGCGGUGGCCGAGCUCGGGGGCUCCGUGUCUGAAGGGGGGGACCUGGGGGACGCCGUCCUGGAGUGCGCCGGGCGAUUCGCGGGGCGGGGCGGUGACAUGUCGGUGAUGAGCACGGGGUCCCACGAUGAGGCGGCGGCGGCGGCGGCGGCGGUGGAGGAGCUCCAGCGGGAGCUGCGGGAGGUCCGCGAGGCGCUGCGGGUCGAGGAGGCCGGCCGGGCGCGCCUGAAGGAGCAGAUGCUGGCCGGGGUGGCCAAGUUCAGGGCGCUCGAGGCUCAGGAGAAGUCGACACGGGAGCGGCUGGAGGAGGCGGCGGUGGGGCAGAGGGGCGCCGUGAGCGCCGCGCUCAAGACAAAGGAGAAGGACCACGAGCGCGAACUCAAGUUCUUAAAGGAGGAGAACGUGCAGCUGUUCAAGGAGAUCGGUGAAUGGAAGUCCAAGGCCGACAAGCUCACUGCCGAGCUUGAGACCCUCCAGGAGAAGCUUGCCGCCGCCAAGACAGCGCAGCAAGCAUCCCCCUCGAUGAGCAAGAAGCGGGCCCUCGGCGACAGGACCAACAACACUCCCGCCAAGGCAACGGCAACGGCGGCGGUUGCCGGCAAGCUGGGGGCCGCCACCAGCACCACCGCGGGGGGCGUGCAGCCGGCCGCCGCCGCCGAGCGCCGCGCGGCAUCCCGCGCCUUGCUCGACGGGGAAGGGCCCAUCAACGACGAGGGGGCGGGGGAGUGCAAUCAGUCCUGA